AUGAGUCUGGUGCGGCAAAACUUCCACGAGGAGUGCGAGGACGCGCUCAACAAGCAAAUCAAUUUGGAGCUAUACGCCAGUUAUGUCUAUCUGUCCAUGGCGUACUACUUUGACAGAAGCGAUGUCGCGUUACCGGGUCUGUAUAAGUACUUCAAGAAGGCGUCAGACGAGGAACGUGAACAUGCCAUGAAAUUUCUGACUUAUCAGAAUAAACGAGGUGGCGACGUUGUGCUGACGGACAUCCAGGCGCCGUCCAGGAGGAACUGGAACAGCGCGAAAGACGCUAUGAUGGAGGCUCUGCAGCUAGAGAAGAGAGUAAAUCAGAAAUUGCUCGAGCUUCACGGGAUUGCUUCGACACACAACGACGCGAAUUUCAUGGAUUUUCUGGAAACUGAAUUCCUGCAGGAGCAGGUGGACGCAAUAAAGGAGAUCGCCGAUCACGUAACAAAUCUGGAGAGAGUCGGGGAAGGUCUCGGUGUCUUUAUUUAUGACAAGGAGUUAAAAGAUUAAGAAAAAUAAUAUCGCAUCUAAGAGAUUUGCCAAAAUAAUAAAAUAAAAUAAA